UUCAUCUUCAAAUUAGAGGGAAACCAGUUCGGACGUCUUCAACCAUGCUAACAGCUCUGUGAAGCCCAGGAGAGGGUUUAUCUGAUGUGCCGUGAGUGUUGGGAGCGUCUUGCCCCAACCCUGGCCUGCAGCCCUGGUGCCGCGCGGCCUGGCUCACCAGGAUGGACCCUGCUCAUUCCUUUAGGAUGGAGCUGGACGGGCUGGACCUCCAGCAGGUCCCAGUGCUGUCGCUCGACCAGAUACGUGCCAUCCGGGCCAACAAUGACUAUGUGGAGAGGCCCGUGGCGCUGGAACCGGCGUCCCAGUCCGGAUUUUUUUAUCCCCAUGACGACCGUUACCCUCAUGGAGUAUACACCCAUCACCCGCAGCCCCCCUUCCACUCUGCCCUGCCGCGCAGCCAAAGUCAGCAGCAGCACACUCACCUGUCCCACCUGAGCCGUUCCAGUACCAUAAGCUCCUCCAUUUCUCGGACCAGUGCCACGUCAGACCAGCGGCUACUGGCAGGUUUGACGCCGUCUCACUCUGGGCUAACUUCAGUGAUCCGCUCUCAACCUAAAGGAGAACUCAAGCCCGACACUUCCUUUGGUAAAGGCCUGACAGAGGACGAGGCCGAGCUGGGCCGUCAUAUGUUCAUCUGUGAGCGGUGUGGUCGCUGUAAGUGCCAAGAGUGCUGCACCCCCCGCCGCCUGCCUUCCUGCUGGGCCUGUGGACAGCGCUGUCUGUGCUCCGCCGAGAGCGCCGUGGAAUACGGCACCUGCUUGUGCUGCGUUAAAGGCUUAUUCUAUCACUGCUCCGCCCAGGACGACGAUGAUAACUGCGCUGACCAGCCGUGCUCCUGCGCUCCAGCCCACGCCUGUGCCCGCUGGGGCACAAUGGGGCUGCUGGCGCUCUGCCUGCCUUGCCUUUGUUGCUACCCUCCUGCCAGGCUGUGCCUUGCCCUGUGCCAGUGCGCCCACGAUCGGGCCACGCGCCCCGGCUGCAGGUGCAGCAACACCAACACUGUGUGCCGCAAGAUUUCCGCCUCCAACCCUAACCCCUCGCUCCGCAGCAAAGCUCUGGAGAAGCCGUUAUGACAGGCUUGGAUGGGGGCCAGGUGAAACAGUUUCCCCUCAGCCGUGGCCAAAGCAACACUUUCGCCAAUCAGUGCCACAGCUGACGUUGUGACAACAAUGCCAUUGUGACCCCAAUGCCAUUGUGACCCACCUACCUACAUAUGACAAGCCAACCAACCAACCAACCAACCAACCAACCAACCAUGAAGUGUUGUUCACCUAACGUACCUUGAAUUUACUUCUUCUCCAGCUCAGGAGGGACCAAAGCUUUACUGUGCCUGUUCACGUUGGAGACUUCAUGCCUAAACAACAAAAACUCAUCCUGAAGGAAGAAGCUGUCGUGCUUUGCUGGACUGCCCUUCAACCUUAACCAAGACGUCCACACAGAAAUCACCUCUCUCUUCAUUCCGUGGUGUCACAUGGUCGUCUUAAAAUCUAUUUAUUUAUUGUUGAUCCUCCUUCCUCCUCAACCUUUGCGAACAGAACGCACAGAAGCGGGUGAUGGACCAAAUCAUGGAGGGAAAGACGCCUUAUUGUGGUGACGUGUACGGUCUACGCCAUUGGGAGUUUCUGUCCUCUUGAAAGAGAGGAUCAUAAGAAGCAUGAGAGACUGAGAUCACAGUGACAUUCAGCAAACUCCACAAAAGGCUGAAGGUGAAUGAAUAAAGAAACCAAUGUUAUGUCGCGGCGAAUAUCUGACUGGGACUCGGAGCAAAGCACCAAGGCAUAAAGUGAGAACAAAAACACUUGUAACACACCUGUGACAACAGUUUGACACCAAAAAAAAAAAAAAGGGAC